AUGGGGACAAGCGCGUACGGGGCAGGCUCCUACGGCAACAGCUAUGGCACCGGCGGUGCUUACGGCAGCAGCUAUGGCGGGGGCGGCUACGGAGGAAGCAUGUAUGGCCGGCCCGCGUACGGGGGCAUGGGGAGCUACGGCGGAGCUGGCAGCUAUGGCGGGGUUGGCAGCUAUGGCGGGGUUGGCAGCUAUGGAGGUGGUGGGAUGUAUGGGGGAGGCGGCAUGUAUGGUGGUGGGGGGAUGUAUGGCGGGGCCGGAGGCAUGUAUGGAAGACCCAUGGGUGGCUAUGGUGGAGCCCUAGCUGGUCCAGGAGGUGCACCAUUUGAUGCUGCAAAUCCCCCGCCUGCCCCGCCGACAGCCUGGCAGGCUAUGCUGCAUGCUAUCGGGGGAAUUGUCCAUUUCUUUGGGCGGCUGUCGUUCUUGGUGGACGAGAAUGCUCACGCCGUCCACUUUUUCAUCUCGGCUCUGCUGCAGCUUCUUGACAGGGCGGGUUCUCUGUAUGGCGAGCUGGCGCGCUUUGUGCUGAGGAUACUUGGCUACAAGGGAAAGCCAAAGGAGCAGUCGCUGAUGGGGGGACCCCAGGGGAUGAUGGGCCCCCCUCGGCUGCCAGGCCUGCCAGCUGCACCCUGCGCGCAGCCAGGCGCUCCAGAGUGGGACAACAUGUGGGGAUCUUGA